AUGCGACGAAAAAUGAAACGUAACAUCAUUAACCAAGUGUUGAAUCUGAUAGUGAUCCACAUUAUUUUUGUACAGUAUACCUUUGGUCUGCAGCAAGCGGCAGUGGAUAAGGAGAAGCAUGUAAAAUCCUCUGAAAUACAGGCUGUAGAAGGGCGGAAGAUCUCCCUGCCCUGUCCUUUAUCAGCACCUUCCAGGGAUAAAGUCUACAUGGUCUUGUGGUUCAAGGACGACGCCGGCAUUCCAUUGUACAGCUUUGACGUACGGGGGAAACCUUUACAGCAAGCACGACAUUGGUCAGCACCGGAAAUUUUUGGACCCAGGGCCCACUUCAACACCGACACCGAUCCGGCAACUCUGGAUAUACAGGACGUCCGGCGCCAUGACGAGGGUGUCUACCGCUGUCGGGUUGACUUUCGUACCAGUCAAACACAGAGCUUUCGAUAUAAUCUCAGCAUCAUCAUUCUGCCCGAGCAUCCCGUGGUUCUCAGUCAGUGGGGUCAGCAGUUGAACAGCACAAAGCUUGGACCAAAAGAGGAAGGUGACGACAUCGUGCUAACGUGCCGUGUUGUUGGAGGUCGUCCCCAGCCCUCGGUCAAGUGGCUCAUCAACGGCAUCCUGGUCGACGAACAGUACGAGCACAAUUCUGGCGAUGUCAUCGAAAAUCGGUUGCUAUGGCCAGCAAUCCAGCGCUCGGAUCUGAAUUCCAUCUUCACCUGCCAGGCAACGAACACGCUGCUGGUGGAACCGAAGGAGAGCAGCUUUGUGCUGGAUUUACAUCUGAAACCAUUGAGUGUGAAGAUAAUGAACCCGCAGACGCCAUUAGUAGCCGAUCGACGAUAUGAAAUCUCCUGCGAAAGCGUUGGUUCGAGGCCAAAUGCGAUUAUAACCUGGUACAAAGGAAAGCGACAAUUACGACGGGCAAAGGAAGAAAUACUGAACAACACCACCCGCUCGGAGCUUAGCUUCGUACCGACAACGGAGGACGACGGUAAGCUGAUAACAUGCCGGGCCGAGAACCCCAACGUUACCGGACUGUUUCUGGAAACAUCCUGGAAGAUUGAAGUUGUCUAUCCUCCGAUUGUGUCGCUGCGGCUCGGUUCCACACUAUCGGCGGAUGACAUCAAGGAAGGGGACGAUGUUUACUUCGAGUGUCACGUCCAAGCGAAUCCUCCGUGGAGAAAAUUACACUGGCUACACGACGGUGUUAUGAUCACUCACAAUGCCUCCGCCCGAGUGAUAAGAUCCAAUCAGAGCCUUGUGCUGCAAAAGGUUACCCGCAAUUCGUCCGGAAAUUACUCGUGCAGUGCAAUCAAUGCUGAAGGUGAAACAGUCAGCAAUCAGCUAGCGUUACGGGUGAAGUAUGCACCGGUAUGUGCUACCGAUCGGAUUAUCAUCGUCGGUGCAUUCCGGAGCGAAUCACUGCAAAUACCGUGCGAGGUGCAUGCCGAUCCGCCGCCCCGGCAAUUCAAUUGGAAGUUUAACAAUUCCGGUGAAACGCUCAAGAUUGGCAAGGAGCGCUACGUCAAGAAUGGUUCCGUCAGUCUGCUCAACUACAUGCCGGUGAGCGAUCAGGAUUACGGGACGCUUACGUGCUGGGGUCAGAAUGAGGUCGGUACCCAAGAUUGGCCCUGUUUCUUUCAAGUCGUACUGGCAGGACUUCCGUCGGCGGUGAAAAACUGCUCGAUAAACAAUCAAACGCAGCAUUCGGUUGAAGUGCAGUGUCUGCCCGGGUACGAUGGUGGUUUGCCGCAAAUUUUCAUCCUCGAAGUGAUUUCCAGCCGGACCGGUCGUGUGCGGUACAACGUUACCAACCCGGACGAACCGUACUUUCUGGUGGAAUCGCUCGAGAAUCUGAUUCAUUACGGCGGUGCGUAUGACGACAUCGGCGACGACAACCCACUGAAAGCCAUCAUUUACGCCGUCAAUCAGAAGGGCCGCAGCCAGGGCAUAGUGGUGAAGGAUUUCUACCUGGAGAGUAGCGUGGAAAACCGCGCCGUGCUAACGAGCAACUCGCUUGAUAGUAUCUCGCCGAUCCUUUUCGGGGUACUGCUGACGCUGCUGGUGCUCUGUUUCGUUAUCUUCGUCCGUGUGUACUACAUCAAAGCGACUGCCACCAGCACCACCAUCACGAACGUUAGUAAUGACUUAGUUAGUAAUUCAAAGCAAGGCAACAACAAACAGGACAGCCUAGCCAAGAAGUCUACCAAACAAAGCCCCCGCUGGCAGCAGGGUAACACGGGCGGCAGUGGUGCCGGCUAUGGUGGUACCGGAACCGGAUGUGGACUGAUCGUCGAUGGACGAUCGCGGGACGAAAAACUGGGCGCACCGGAUGGGAUGGAGGAUGAGCGGGACCCGGACGUGAUACCCGCGCAGUUCGCAGUUUCAAACGAUCCAGAAAGCGUUAGCUUCAACUCCUCUAAGUGGCCAAACGGGAACUUUUAUGACAGAUACCCGAACCAUGACAUACGACCAUCGGAGCUGCUGAUACCGUCCGCGGCGGGUACAUUAGGUUCGACGACGACGAAUCAAUUACAUCCGAAUGUUAAUCAACCGGGUGAUAGUAUUAAAUUAGGUCCAUACUACACGUCCGGCGGUCUAUUGACUGGUGGCGGUGGUGUCACGGCGGGCGCUAUCGGCAGCACGACCGGCACUCCUCUCGGAGGCUCUUACCUCAGCCCGGCCGGGUCACAUCCACUCGAUAGCGGCGGCUUGGACGGUGUUGGUGGCGGUGGUGGUGCGCUAAUGUAUAGCGGUGGUGGUGGUGGUGGUGUUGGAGGCGGUACUGGCCAAACACUAGUUGGCAGCCAUCAUCAAUCAAGCCUGCUGCCGAACGGUGGCACCGGUACCGGAGUUAAUCCUAACGAUUAUGACAUCAAUGUACAUACCAUCAAAAAUAUGCUAAUGACGACUCGCGUGCCCGAAAGCUGCGUCUAG